AUGAGAGGGGAAGGAUCAUUUUGUUUAUCCAAAUUCAUUUCAUCCUUGGAGAAGAGAACCAUGAGAAAGGAAGGAUUAUCGACUAUUUCAACUUUUCUUGUUUCCGUGUUGAUCUUCCUGUUCAUCGGUGAAAAACAAGCAAGAAAACUUCAACAAGUAUGCUCUUCUUCAUGUGGACACAUCAAUAACAUAAGAUACCCUUUUCGCCUCAAGGGCGAUCCAGGGGUAUGUGGUCAUCGUAGCUUCGAACUUUCUUGCAGGAACAACCAAACCAUCCUGGAAUUUCAUUUAGGAAAAUACUAUGUGAAGGGAAUUUCACAUCAAGAAAAUAUAACGAGUGUUGUUGAUGUCAAUUUAAGCAGUGGAACUUGCCGUCUUCCCUCUGGAUCUCUGUCAGAUGAGGAUAUAAAGAACGCAUUCUUCAAAAAUGGUAAUUUUGGACUAGAACUAGACAGUAACUACAGUUAUGCGAGAUUCUUCAGGUGCUCUCAGAAUAUUAGUGAUCCUAUUUUUACAAGAUUUCCUUGCCUGAGGGAAAAUCAAUCUGAUUUUAAUGUUACUGUUUCUGAAUUGUCGUAUCAGUAUCAGUCUUGCUCAUUAAAUGCAGUGACUCCUAUACAUUUGGAAACUGAGGUGUUCGCUAAUAUGACAGAGAAUUAUGAAACCAUCCGCAAGGAUUGUCUUGCCCCUGAUGGCACAUGCAGUGUAAGGGCAGGGACAACAACAUAUUUUCCUUUUUGCAGAAAAUCUACAGAUCCUUUCAUUAAAUACUUGCGGGAAAAUAUAUAUGUUCCACUCGUUGGAUCCAUUCAAGCUGCGCGUGGUGGUUUCGCUAAAUAUGAAGUAUAUUUCAUGGAUUGGUAUGUGAAUAUGGGAUUCCUCCUUGGACAGCUUCUGCUCGUGGUGGUUCCAGUGGUUCUUAUUUGCAGAUUUAUUGGUGCUCCAAUAGUUUUAGUUGUGUACCUCAUCUUCAAAUAUAGAACAAAAAGGAAGAAGGUUGAUACUGUGGAGAAAUUUCUGCACAAUCAGCAAUCCUGGAGGCCAAAAAGGUACACUUACCCAGAGCUCAUGGCCGUGACAAACAAUUUUAAAGAAAAACUAGGCCAAGGUGGCUUUGGAUCAGUUUACAAAGGAAUACUUCAUAGUGGUUCUUUAAUUGCCGUUAAAGUUCUAGAAAAUUCCAAGUUUAGUGCAGAAGAAUUCAUCAAUGAAGUCUCUACAAUUGGUAGAAUUCACCAUAUCAAUGUGGUACAUUUAGUUGGAUUCUGUUCAGAAGGAUCUAAACAUGCUCUUGUGUACGAGUAUAUGCCAAAUGGAUCUCUUGAUAAGCAUAUAUUUUCCAAGGCAGGCAGAUCUCUAUCAUUUAGUUGGGACAAACUAUACGAAAUUGCUCUUGCAACUGCUCGUGGGAUCGAGUAUCUGCAUGGGGGAUGUGAUGUGUGCAUUCUUCAUUUUGACAUUAAGCCACACAAUAUCUUGUUGGACCAAAAUUCCAUCCCAAAAGUCUUUGAUUUUGGACUUGCAAAAUUUUAUCCAAAGGAAAAUGAUUUUGUGACCAUUAGUGCUACAAGAGGAACAAUAGGAUACAUAGCUCCUGAAUUGAUUUCAAGGAAUUUUGGAACAAUUUCUAGCAAGUCAGAUGUUUAUAGCUUAGGAAUGGUAUUGUUGGAAAUGGUUGGAAGUAGAAGAAAUUCUGAUAUGAAGGCAGCUGGUUCAGGGAAAGCAUACUUCCCCUCAUGGAUAUAUGACCAAAUAAAUAUUGGAGGAGAUUUAGAGCUCCAAGAUGUCACUGAGCAUGAAGUCGUGAUUGCAAAAAAACUUUGUCUAAUUGGGUUAUGGUGCAUACAAGUAAAGCCUUCAGAUCGUCCCUCAAUUACAAAAGUUAUUGAAAUGUUAGAAGGGAGCAUUGACGAUUUGCAAUUGCCUGCUAAGCCUUUCUUUUCUUCUUCCGAGGAUGUCUCUAUAAGAAUGAUUCAAUCAGACUAUUCAACCGGGUGGCUAUUAUCUGAAUCAAUGGAAGAAUAUUCAUACAACAAUACUGAUUCAUAAUAAGUUUCUUUUUGCCAAAUGUAAUCGAAUAGAAGUGAAUAUA